CACUUUUGCACCGCGCUCCUCGCACACGCAGUGGUUGCUUGUUUUCGCUUUUCUUGCUGCUGUUGUUGUUGAGAAAAUGAAUUCAAUUCCGGAAGACAUGCUUGGCGUUUGACAUUUAAUGUUCAUAAAAGAAUUAUUAAGACAAUGUUCUGGCCCUCGCAGUUUGUCGAAACAUGCCACUACAACUCUGAAUACGAGUCUGAUUAUAAUCCACCAUCAGAAGAUGACUUAAAUCAUUCUCAGGCGAGCAAUGCUCAGGCCACCAAGAAAGUUAAAGUUUCUGAAGAGUCAGAGGAAACUGGUCCACCUCGGAACAGAUUAGUCGCUAAUGCACCAAUUUUCAACUUGGCUGAAUACAUUUCGUCCAAAACAUUUGAUGAAGACCCUCACCACGCCUAUGGCAAACUCAAUCGCAGCACAACUGAACCUGAAGGGGACUUUUUCGAGGAAGGAGCAUCUGUCGAGGAUUACAUGAACCGAUUCGGAGUUUUCCCAUUCAAGUCGGAUUUUCCUGUUCCAAUUCUUGCUCCAACUGCUGCCACUCCGCUGACAGUGUUGAGAGGCGGAGACCCCACUUUUGACCUUCUUGAAAAGAAGAAAUAUGCAUACCAUAGACUGAACCAGUACAAGCCUUUUGUCAGCAUCAAAUACGCCUAUGAAAAGGGAGCCAGAGCUACUUUGGAUCUUUUGAGAAAAACAAAAAGCUGUCCUGAAAAAAUGGUGCGGGUGCCAAAGGAAAUGGUUUACCUUGCCGAGGCUGUGGAGUUGGAUCCUGAUCCGUCAUUUUGUGCCGAGUACAAUUGGUAUGUAACUGGAGGUGCCUUGUCGAUCUCAUCCAUUGCAGGCAGAAAUGUCUUGUUCUCACCUGGCUCAAGUGAUCUCAGUAGUUUAGCUGCCACACCUUUAAAGAGGAAGAAGUCGUUGCCAAUUAGAUUUUCCGUUCAAAAAGACCAGAAAUGUGAAUUCCGGUCCUUGGGAGGUCAGAUUUAUCAGAUCAAGAGUUUAGAGUUUGGAGAUGAAGCAUUCAUUGUCACCAGACAGCAGAGGUGUUGCCAGUUCUUCAAAUGUUCUCGCCAAAGUAGCCUGAAGAUAGAAAGUGUGCACGAAAGCCCCGCCUUGUGCAACGACACCUUCACCAGCGUGGAGCUCAAUCCGUGGAAUUGUGCAGAAUACAUGACUUGCACAAACAGCAGGGUCCUCAAUCUCUAUGAUGUGAAUUCGGAGAGCGUGAUGAACAUCAAAACUCCGAAGAAACAGGAGCUUCCUGAAAUGGCCAUAUACACUAAUGACGCUGAGAACUGGGGCCAAAUCAUGCGUCUGUGGCAGUGGAACAAAUCACAUUUCAGCCUCAACUCGCAAGAUGAAAUUUUCUUCACAGACGAAUCUUCAGCAGUUUUGAUUGACCGUCGCACUGAGUCUAAACCGACAGUGGUUCUCGACAUUCGAAACAACGUCAGCUUAUUCAACGAUUUGAUGCCAUGCGAAGCAAUUACCCUGAGCUGCAGUAGUGUCGUUGACGCUCAAAUGCUUUACGUGGCCACAACGCACAACCUAUUCAGCGUGGAUCUGAGAAAGCCAAACCAGCCAGCGCAGUGCUGGAGUCACUGCCUCUCUUCACCUCCAGUUUUCAUUAGCCAGAGCUGCUAUGCCGAAAAUCGAGAGUUGCUGCUGCUCUGUUCGAGUUGUCAAAAGGAAAUUGUCGGCAUCACUAAUGAGUGGAAUUCAAUUGGAGAAGAACCUAUCAGCAGGGUGCAGCCAUUCCUUCUGCCCAGCGCAAAUAACACCUUGUUGGAAGCCAACAAACUCGGGUGCUGCUUGAAGCCAAAUUUGAAAAAUAGACUGCAGUCGAGUCGCAUCGGGAUUUGCUGCACCGACUCAAAGAAGCCAACUGUGUUUUCGGUGAACGCGUGUGGAGAUGUUUUCUUUCAAAGUCUGGACGGCAUUCAUGAUGCUGCAAAGCCAAAUAUUGACUUAAAGAAUGUCAUGAGUUCCUGGAGCGAUGCUGUGGAGAAGUUAGACUGGAAAGUCCCAUCGAGCAAAUCCAAGAGCCAUGCUGUCGUCGAUCCAUCAGAUCUUGCUCAAAAAGUGACGACUUGCAACGUAAGCCAACCUUAUGCGUCUCAAGGAACGGAAGAGCCAGGAGUUAGGCCCGAGUUGCCGUUCAUGCUGAAGCAGCUGGACCUUUUUGAGGGAGUGGAGAAUCCACUAAAUUCAAAAAUUCUGGAGCAAUGGGGAAUUUACUCGCAGCAAGACUGGGAAACAAAGAAGGUUGAAGCCUUGGGCGGCGUGGUGGAGUCGACAGCUAAAAUCGAUUUGGUUUCUGAUUGGCUGGCCGCUAAUCCGUCACACACUUGUGAAACUCCAAGAAGAAUGACUCAAGAAUCUCAAGACGUUGACGAGUUUGACUCGCAAAUAUUUUCUCAAGAUCUUGUGUCUGCCAGUCAGGAAGAAUAUCUGGUUGAGAGUAGCCAGUUACCUGAGGAAAUUGGCCAGGAAGCAGCCACUGACAAAGAUGUGUUAAAGAUGAAACUCUUUUCUAAGUAUUCGAAUGUUGGGAAGAAGAGACGGAGAUAUGAUGGAUUUUAAUUUUGUAGCAAAAGUGGAAAUAUACACCUUAUUUUGAUAUUCUU